GGCCUGUAAAGCCACGUAGCAGCAGGGUUCUAGGCAGCAGCUCAUCCUUGCAUUGAGUCUCCUGGCUCUGGAAACAGCUCUAGCUCAGUCUUCUCCACCAUGGGCUUCAGACUCAGACAUCCAUCGUCCUGCACCAGGGCCAGCCCUCUUCCUAACCCACAGGUGUUGCCGCUUCUGGCUCUGCUCCUGACUGCACUGGUUCCCACUACAGCUGGACGACCUGGUGAUGUGGACCCAUAUAUUGAAUUGCGCUGUAGAUGUCCAAACAUAAUCUCUGGAGUCCCACUCAACAGUAUUUCCCUUGUGAAUGUGUUCAGGCCGGGAGUCCACUGUGCCAACGUGGAAGUGAUAGCCACACUGAAAAAUGGGGAUAAAAAAUGCCUGGACCCAAAUGCCCCUGCCAUCAAGAAAAUAGUCAUGAAGAUACUGGAAGGUUAUUGACCAGCCAUCUGUUGACUUUUUGCUGAACCAUUUUACUGUGCAAGAAAGGCGGGGUUUUUAAAUAUGGAUGUUCUACGAUCAUUUUCUAUUUUAAAAUCUGGAUACACUUUCAUUUUGUCUCAGAAAUCAUGUUGUAUUCUGCGAAGGGGUGUUAAAGGAUAGUUCAAAGAAGAUGAAAAUGAGCUAAGAGUUGUAACAUGCAAUUUAUGGUUUAUUUCUGCAAUUCUUGUCUAAACAUUGUGCAGUGUUUUGCAUUUCUUUAGUUGAAAUUUUCUUUCUAAACGCAUUAUGUCAAGUUUUUUUCUGAA